AUGGCGCCGGUCCUGCGGGCACGACAGAGCUUGCCCAAGGACAAGUUCUCGUCGUACUUUGGCGGCUUGCGCAGCCAGCCUUAUAACGAUCCCAACUCGUCUCGGGGCGGUUCGCACACACUGAGAGCUAUUGCGUGGAAUCCGCUGGGGACGUUGGUGGCGACGGGGUCUGCGGACAAGACCUUGCGAGUUUGGAACCCUGAGAAACCGCACGUCAAGUUCUCGACGGAGCUCAAGGGCCACCAGGCGUCUGUGGAGAAAGUGGCAUUUAACCCGACAAAGGACGCGGAGCUGUGUAGCGUGAGCGCGGAUGGCGUCGUCAAGUUUUGGGAUGUCAGGACCAAGGAAUGCUUCAACGAGGUCAAGGGCUUGGGCGACGCGUUGAGUCUGGUCUGGGCGCCGGACGGGGAGACGUUGAUUGUGGGCAACAAGGCUGACAACAUCUACGUCCUCUCGCCGCGGCAGUCGACGCCGCUGUCCUCGCACCAGCAGAGCAUGCAGACUAACCAGAUAGCGUUCUGCUUCAGCGGCACCAAGAUAUUCCUCACCACGUCCGAGGGCCGGAUCCGCAUAUUGUCGUAUCCUGAUUUUCAGCCUCUUUUGAUGCAGGCCCGGGGCGGCGAGGACCACGAGUACAUGCUCAAUGGACAUACCUCGUCGUGCUUGACGGUUGAGAUGCAGCCCACCGCGAGGUAUUUGGCCACGGGCGGCUCGGAUUCUAUUAUUGCGCUGUGGGAUACCAGCGAUUGGUUGUGCCAGAGGACGUUGACGAGAAUGACUGGCCCGGUGAGGAGUAUAAGCUUCACGUUUGAUGGGAGCUACGUGGUUGGCGGUAGCGACGAGGGGAGCGGCCUGGAGGUGUCGCACGUAGAAACAGGCGAGCACGUUCACACAUUUAAGACGGCGAGUUCGUCGCCUGUGGUUGCAUGGGCUCCGACUCGCUACUGUCUGGCAUACAGCGACCUGGGUAUUCUUCGAAUCGUCGGCGUGGACGUUGACAGGAAAUAA